AUGGCCGGGUCUCUGGGGCGUGUCCCGGCAGCAGGAGCCGUGGUGACUCGGCAUCAGGGAGCCUGGGGGUCAAAGCAGCGGCGUCACGGCCCGCCCGGGCCAUCCAGGGAGUCAGGCCAGGGCGGCGCCACUCGCCAAUGCCGGGUCCGCGCCGCACCAGCCUGGACGGCACUGUCCGCGGACAAGGCCGGCGCCUGUGAGAAGCCGCCGCUGCGCAGAAAGCGGCUCGCCGGCGACGUCCUGGGCCCCGGGUUGGCAAAGACCCCCAGAAGUGCAACGCCCAGAAAGCCUGUCUUGUCUGUCAGCGCAAGAAAAAUCAAGGACAAUGCAGCUGACUGGCAUAAUCUGAUCCUGAAAUGGGAAACCCUCAAUGACGCAGGUUUCGCUACAGCGAGCAGCAUCGCCAACCUAAGAAUCAACCUGUCGAGUAAAGACGAGAUAGAACUGGAGGGCAGCAGCCCAGCUUGCGGUGACAAUGCAGAAAAGAUGCUUCCGGAAUACAGCCCCGAGCUGGAGACGCUGUGUGAGGAGCUGCGGGCCACCCUGGAUGGCCUGACCAAAAUACAGAUGAAAAUGGAAAAGCUGUCUUCUACCACCAAGGGCAUCUGCGAGCUGGAGAAUUACCACUGCGGGGAGGAGAGCAGGCGGCCCCCCCUCUUCCACACGUGGCCCACGGCCCACUUUUACGAGGUCUCGCGCAGGCUCUCGGACAUGUACGGCCGGGAGCUCCGCCUGAAGCGCGCCAUCACGGACGAGCUCGCCCACACCGAGGCCCGCGGCCUGGCCCUCUGCUACCUGUCCAUGUGGCUGCACCAGCCCUACGUGCAGAGCGACAGCAAGCUGCAGCUGGAGAGCCUGCUGCUCGAGACCGGCCACCGGCCGCUGUGACCGGGCGUGGGCCUCCUCCCAGCUGGAGACCUGUGAUACGAGUUGUGUGUAUUUGAACGUGGGACGCGUACAGACGGUGACCGGGUCAGGGUUUUUACGUUACAACUAGCUACGUUAUUUUAAGUUGUAAAAGGCUUUUACUUCUGUAAUGGCAGAUGGCUUAAAAUGCCAUCAUCUGGGCCCUCCCCGGUGGCGCAGCGGGUCAGGGCGCAGCACUGCAAGCCAGCUGCAGCUGCUUUA